UUCAAUGAAUAUCAAGAAAAACAUAUAUUUAUGUGUAACACAAUUUUGUAUGGCAACCCAGACAGCUGCCGAACUUUGACAAGCGGAUCAGCUUGCUUUGUGUUUAGUAUCCGAGUGUUCCAAUCGGUUCGGUUCGCUUUUUAAGCCGAUGUUGUGAGAUUUUUGUUCAACUCGUUUUGUAACUCGGUAGCGUUGGCAAUUUUUCAUAACAAUUGUAACUACAACGAAAUGUCCCGAUCAAAAUCAAUAUUUCUUGAUGCGGAUUCCUCAAUAAUGGAGAAUAAUCUGAGAUUCAUACGUGAUGAAGCCGAAGAGGAGUUUAACAGCAUGUUCAAGCCCAUUGUAGAGCAAGCGGAGAGUAUUAGCAGCGGAAAGUCGAAAAUUAUUAAACCUACUCCCGGUUUUUGCCUGAAGGCAUUCAGGAAAGAUUCACAGGAGAAAUUUUUCAUUAACAUCUGUCAAACCGAUGGUAUCCCGGCACCGGAAGAUAUCACGGAAGAGCAGCUGCUAAACAUUUUGAACGAUGGAGCUCCAAGCACGUUCAGGAUACCCAUGAGCAUUACCCAACCUCGGUUCAUAAGUGACCGAUCUGGCAAUCAGUGUCAGGUGUGUGACAUCGCCGUCAAUUGCAAGUUUUUCAAAAGAAUCGAAACAGCUGGCUUGAUGCGAGACUUCAUGAUCACGAUUGUAUUCGAGGGGCUCAGUUCGAAAUACAAUACCACGCUGGACGACACGAACUUUCGCGUACUUAAAAACAUACAGUGCAUCGAUAAACUAAUUCCGCACAACAUCCAGAAUCGUGAUGUGAAAUCUGUCUACGAGAGCUAUCAAAAUCCAACGGAAGAUGAUCUACGCAAAAUAGAAGAGCUCAGCAAUCCUCAGCCAUCGCGCUCCAUCGAUAGUCAAACUACGACGAAAAGGCUGAUCGAGGAAAUUGAUCCUGGUACGAUGAAAACGAUUAAAGAUGAGAGAAACAAAAUGUCUGGUAAAGACGAAUAUACUCCGGAUCCAACAAAAGUGGCAAUCUCGCAGGCCUCUUGUAAAAGGCCAGAUUGUCGAAUGUUCAAAGAACCUGCGAUUGGCAAAGCUAGAGUGCUAAUGGGCGAGUUUUAUUUGCCGGAAUGUACUUCAUCCAACGAAAUAACACUGGAUAUCGGUGAAGAUCGUAUCUUGCUGGAGGCUAGGAAAAGAGGUUAUUUGCUGGAUGCGUUCGUUGAUUAUUCGAUCGAUUCUAACAAAGUCAAAGCGAAUUUCAAUACGGAAACUAGAAUGCUGAAUAUGGUAAUGCCAAUUAUGGCAAAUUGAUUUUUCAGUCAUUUAAUGUAUUACCUGGCCAUGAUCUGUAUUUUUCGGUUAGUUUUCAAUUUCUUUCAGUGUAAAAUAGCGGCAAUAAUACGACCAAGCACAGAUUUUAAAUGUUGCAAUAUAUUAUCGUUCUAAGUGGAUAUAAGGUAUAGUACGUCCAAGGCAACUUGCUCCUAGUAGGAAUUACAUACGCUAGAGUUACUUUACUUCAGACCAAACUAGAUACACGCAGAGCUUUUAAGAAUCCGCCGAAAUUGGAAUUCAUAGAUUAUAAAUACAUUGCUUAAUUUUUGCCGUUUCACAA